AUGAAUGGAAUUAAGGUGAACAAUGAUCAAAUUGCUGAUUAUAUCAGAUCGUUGAAUAGUAAUAAUAAUAAUAAUAAUAAUAAUAAUAAUAAUAAUAAUAAUAAUAAUAAUAAUAAUAAUCACAAUGUUUCUUUACCAUCUGUUAACUCCGAUAACAAUCUGUUGAAUUUUGAACAUAUUUCUGAUGACAGUUCUUAUGUCAACAUUAAAUCAUAUUUAAAGCAACUACGAUGUGUUAUCAGUGAAUUAGUUGAAACAGAAUCAGGGUACUUGAAGAGUUUAUGUGAUAUUGAAGAGGGUUAUUUGUUACGUUUGAAAGAAGAUGUCAGUGUGAAUUCUCAAUUUUUGGAUGUCCUAUUUUAUAAAAUUCCAGAUUUACGAAUUUUUCACACAAAAUUGUAUUCUGAUCUUCAUGUGAAUCGUGAGAAUUUAAUACGUUUUGGUCAGGUAUUCCUCGACAAUACAAAACAUUUUGAAGAACUCUAUGUUGAAUUCUGUUUAAAUUAUCCAAAAACUAUUCGUCUAUUGGAAGAAGAACAGAAAUCUCGUACAGAAAUAUGGACAUAUCUUAUGAAUUGUCAGUUGGAAUUACAACAUCAACUUCCAUUGGCUACAUAUCUACUCAAACCGGUACAACGUGUACUCAAGUAUCAACUAUUAUUGCAGGAAUGUGUAAAAUAUUUAAAUCAAAUUGUUAUCGAACUAUCGAAACUGCAUUCUCCAUCAAAUGAGGCUUCUGUGACAAGUGGAACUUCAUACCCUUCAGAAUGUGACAACAACGACAGUAAUAAUAAUAAUAAUAAUAAUAAUAAUGGUACUGGUGGGAUUUUGGAGUUUUUCAACCAGUCACUUCAUACAUUAAGGCAAGCAUUGGAGCGGAUGAUCCAAGUAGCAGAUCAUAUCAAUGAACGUAAACGUUAUCGUGAAUUGUUAGAUCAACUACGUAUUACUCGAUUAGAUGUUGAUAGUUGGGGUGAUCUAGUCCUACGUGAUCAUUUUCGUAUUCCAGGUAAAAAAGAUUUACGUUUAGUUUUAUUAUUUGAAUGUGCAUUAAUUUUAUGCAAAUAUACAUCAUCAAAUACACAGACGAUGUCAACAACACCAUCAACAACAACAGUAACAACAGGAAGACAUGAUAGUCUAGAUCGAGGAACAGGGAUUUGUAGUCUGAAGAAUUUGAAUGUUAGAUCAAUUGAAAUCCGUGAAGUUAUAAAUUGCGCCAAUUUGAUGUUAGUUGAAUGUAUCGAUAAAGAUCCGUUAGCAUUUCAUAUAUUACCUUUUGAUAAUCCUAAAGCUCAACGUACUUUACAAGCAAUAAAUUUACAUAUAAAAUAUUUAUGGUGUCAUGAAAUAAAACGCUUAAUCUUAGAAAAUUAUGAUGCUGCUAUCCCUGAAAAAGCAAAACAAAUUGUUCUUAAUAUGGUUGAUUUAACUUAUACUUCAUCAUUUGAAAAUAAUUUCGAAUAUAAUAGAUCACAUCAACAACAUUCAAAUAAUCGAAUUCAUCGUAAAAGUGAUACAGCUAUUCCACGUCUACGACGUUUUAUCAAUCGACCAGUUAUUAAUCGUCCAGUUUAUUCUACUCUAUUACAAACAUCUAAUCCAUCUAUUAUAGAUGAUAAUGUUAUAGAAUGUAGAGUAUUUCCAAUAACAAAUGGGAAUCAAAAUUCGCUUAACAACAAUAAUAAUUCCUUACUGAAUGAUACUAAUUAUAAUGAUGUUUCAACUGACCAACAUCUUGAUUCAUUAUUACAUGAAGCAUGGGAAGAAAUAUGGGCAAAACAUUAUUCUCCAAUUAAAUGUAUAGAAUUUCUAAAUAAUCAAUUCGACUGUAAUCAUUAUAACACAAUAAAUAAAGAAGAUACAGGUGAUAAUCAUGUGUUUGAUAUACCGAUAACUAUACCGAAUGAUACAGAUUUUCGAUGUAUUGCUGUAGAAAUUAAUGAAGAACGAUUUAGUCAACCAUCAAUUGAUUCAAUGUGUACAAUUGAAGAGAUUAAAAACUCUUCUAUACCUUCUAUAUCAAAAUUAAAUAAAAAUUUUUCAAAUAAUUCUAUAAAUCAUUUAGAUGAUCAUAAAUCUUCAGUUCCUGGUUGUAUUUCUUCGAAAACAUUAUCUCAUUGUUCUUCAUCACCAUCUUUCCCUAUCUAUCGAAAAGUUUCCUCAUCUACUAAUCCUUUACAUAGUUAUAAUUAUACAACUUCUUCUUCAUGUGUUUAUAUUGACUGUCCAAAUGCAUCUAGUUAUGAUAUGAUCACAUUUGAUCGAACUUAUGAACAGUAUAUUGCUAAAACACGUGCUAUGAUUGCUUUAUCACCUCGAGAUUUAGAUGAAAUAUUCAGUCCAUUAAGAGAAUUACCUCAUAUUGAUACUUUAUAUGAUUGUUGUCAAGGCGAAUCAUCUUCUUCAUCGAAUACACAUCGAAUACCAAUUAAACAACAACAUUAUACAUCACCAACUAAUAUGAAAAAUAUGAAUGAAUUAACUACACAACUGAAAAUCUCUUUAACUGAUCCUAUUGAAAAUGAAAACGAUACUUUAAGUGAUAAUGAUGAUCAAAGUAAUGGUGGUGAUCACUGUUCAUCGGGUGCAAGUUCACCACGACAUCUUGUUAGUCGUAUUGCUGUAAUGCAUAAUCGAAAAACACUCAAUAACGAUUUAAUAACAAGAACCAUAACUGUGAUACCGAACAGUAUAUCAAAUUCUUCAUGUUGUUCAUCAAUGAUGACGACAACAGUAACAUCAAUAAAAAAUAGUCGUUCAUCAGUGAUUCGAUCAAAUUCAGUGAUAGGAUUUCGAACUAGAGAAUUAAAGAAUAAUUUUGACUCAAUGAUUAGUUUGGAUAAUAAAGAAAGAAGUGAAAAUCUCGAAUCAUCUGAUCGUGUUAUUCAUCAUUAUAGCCCUAAUCGUCAUAUCACUGCUAAGUCUCCAAUAGUAUCACCGAAACUCACUCAAGCCCAUUCAAUUGGUAUAAAUGGUUGUGUAAACAAAGUGAAUGUUUGUAAACCACCUCGAUUAAAUCAUCAUAGGUCUAUGAUGUUUACUGAUAAGUCAAUUAAAGGUAACCACAACCAAUUAGUAGAUGGGAAGCAAUCCACACAUAAUACUUCUUGUUCAGCAUCCUCAUCUACAAUUUCAUUCAAUGAGACUUAUAAUCUGAACGGUAGACGAAGUCGUCGGAAAUCACGUGCACCCGCUCCACCAACCACAUUGGAAAAUACUUCUUUUUCUCUACAUCGUCCUCUUAAAGCUCCAUUAGCUGUUUUAGAAGGAGGUAAGGAGUUUGAAGAUGAUAAAUGCAUAGAAUCAGUUUGUAAAGGUCGUGUACAAUCUGUGAUGUCAUCUCUAUCAGAGUCAUUAACACAACCUACUGUCAAUUUGUAUCGAAAUAAAACUUACACUCAUGACGAUGAUGAUGAUGACAGUAAACCAGUUAAACCACCACGAAGAAUGAAUAGUAGACUACCUUCAAAAGAUACUCCUUAUAAGGUAAAAGAGCCUAGUCUGAGAAAUCGUGAUUAUUCACCAACUUUAAAAAGUCUUCAUAAUCUCACAUCAUCUAACAGUAGAACUACCUGUGAUAAUGGAACACAACAAAUAGGUAUUGUAAAGAAUAUGAUAAGUAAAUUUCAGAAAUCAUAA